AAAAAUCCAAGAAUCCGCAAUGGCCUCAAUUGAUAGCGAUCCGCUGUAUACGUCGAUUUGCAGCGAUAAAACCCUCCAUUCGCAGAAGGAAGGCUUCUUCAAUGCAUUCUACUGGACGGUGGCGGAGAACUUCACCGGUCAGAACGAACACUGGCUGCGGGACGUUUUUGGGAAGGUUCAACCGGGCAACGACUCUGCCAAACUGCAGCUCAUCUACGAAGAUCCAACGGUUUGUUUUGAAGUGCUGGGAACGCUGGAACAUGUCAAACCGGUGUUCCGUGCGAAGGAUGCCAAGUUUAGCUGGCAGCGUCGCGAGCAGGCCACGAAGGUGUUGAAUGAAGGUAAGAUGCAACAGGCAAUGAUGUUGGCCAGUCAAGCGGUUAUGAAGGCACCGGCCCAGGGAGUCGAUCUGCACAUCGAUCAGGGCCUGACGCUGGCCUGUGCACUUUGGACCAGGGCCGAAGUGCUAAUUCGGAUGCUGGACGGAAAACAUGCACUGCGGGACUUGCAGAUGGCGGCCAAAGCGGGCUUCCCGGUGAAGGCGAACGGCGAGUACUAUGGCAAGAUUGCCAAGUGUUAUGCAUUGAUGGAUGACAUGAAACGCGCAGAAGUCUCGGCCAAGCUGUUCCACCAGCUGGCCGGUUUCGAUGACUACAGAUUGCAGCGGUUGCGAGAAGAUUUGGAUGAUUUGAGAACGUUGAAAGCGGAGGACACUGCUAUGAAGCCUCAGGAUCCGAAACCAAUGCUCCCGGAACUUGCUGGAGGGGCGAGUCAAGAGCUGAAAGGUGCUUCGAAGAAGAUCACUCUCAGUGGAACGCGUGAUGAAUCCAUCAAGGGACGGUACAUUGUGGCGGCAGAAGAUCUGGAACCAGGAGAAACGGUACUGGUUGAACCGGCAUAUGGAGCGUGUCUGUAUCCGAGAUUUUUCGGAACGAAUUGUAAUCUGUGUUUCACAAAAUUGAGUGCCUCGGUCCCUUGCCUGGACUGCUGUGGUGUGGCGUUCUGCUCCCCCGAGUGCCGAGAUCUGGCCUGUGCCGGAUAUCAUCGCUUCGAGUGUCACUUCAUGGAUCUGAUGAUUGGUUCCGGCAUGUCCAUCCUCUGUCACUUGGCGCUUCGGUUGGUCACCCAAGCCGGUACGCCCGAAAAGGCUAUCGAAAUUGCAAACGAUUUGGGACUGUGUGCUCACGCAGAACACCGCAAUCAGGAGGACUACUUCCGGCGAACUUUAAUGGCUGCCUUUCUGCUGCGGUGCCUCCAGAAGGCGGAGUUCUUCGGUCGCCGCAAAACGGAAGCAGCCGAGCCGACCCCACAGGAAGCCAAAGUUGGUGGAGUGAUUCUGGAGUUGCUUCAAUCGCUUCAGUUCAACGCUCACGAGAUCUACGAGCUAAAGAUCGGUGGAGAUCAUCGGAUCGAUUCGGCCAAGGUCCAGUACAUCGGAGUGGGAGUUUACAAAACCGGAGCGAUGUUGAAUCAUGAUUGCCAUUCUGGUGUUUCUCGCAGUUUCCUCAAAACGACCAUGGUCCUCCACACCAGUAGACCGUUGGCCAAGGGCGAUUCAGUUCCGGAAAACUAUGGUAUGCACUUCCUGCGGCAACCGUUGCCAGUGAGGCAGAAGGUGCUCCGUUCACGCUAUUGGUUCAAAUGUGACUGUAAGGCUUGCUUCGAGGAUUGGCCUAUGCUGGAAAAGCUAACGGAGAAGCCGAAACUCCGCUGCCCACAUCCGGAUUGCACCGGGCUUUUGAACUAUGCACCAAAGGGCAAGUGCUUCAAGUGCAACAGGAGUGUCAAUUUUGAAAGUGCCUUCAAGAUUCUACGUCAGUGCGAGGAUCUGUACGAUGAAGGAGCCAAAAAGAUGUCCCAGGAACGCGUUGAGGAAGCGGCCCAGUUACUCAGCAAGGGAAUCAGCAUGUUCUACCAGGUGGCAGUUCCUCCGUUCAAGGCGACACACUUGGCUGAGGAAUCGCUGCGGUCUUGCUUCGCCGAUUUCGGUCUUCGUUCAGGUUCAUCGGCAGAUGCUUAGAGGUUUUUAGAGUGAAAGGCAGUCCUGCGAUUUGCCAAUGCGAACCCAUUGAUACUGACGAUUUAUACACACACACGCACACAGCAGCAU